UAAGGCUCUCUACACCCACUCCGACCCUCAUCCCCAAGUGACCGGAGCGCCGUGUCAGGGCCAGCUCCAAUCGACAUUUUUUACAUUGCACCUGCCCUAAAUGGGUCACCUCCGGUGUUCCGGAGUUCUCUGAUUCCUAGAAUCCGAGAAAAAUCUCUUUUAAUUGGCAGCGGAGAAACUGAGGCUUGGGAGUGGUAUGGUGCGCUGCCCAAGGUCAUGGAGUCGCCCGCCGAGCUCUGGUUUUGAAAGCCAGAAUAGUGGCGUUACCAAGCCGAUCGCAAGGGGCCUGAACUCGAUAUGAACUUCCAAGCCGGCCCCUGGAGUUGUUCCUUUUGAAGUUCAGUUCAGGCCUGGGCACUGGGCCCAAGGGGCGGCAUCGCGGGGUGCCGGUGCUCCUUGCUCCGCCCUUUUUAUCUAGCUGGAGGAGCAGGCUCAGAGCAGCCAGUGCACCCCGUUUCGUUUCGUUGUGGUUACUUUCCCUGAGUGCUAAGAGUGAAAACUAGCUUCCAUUCAGACAGCCGCGCAUCUCAAGUAGGUCUCUUGAAAAAAAGUAGUAGUUUCGAGAACAGAAGCCUCAAGGUCUGGAGGAGUCUGGAAGACCACCGCCAUGAAUCAGGCGCCCAACAGAACCACUGAUCCAGGAAGCGGUGCCACCAGCACAGAGAAAAAGCUAAGCAAAUCCCAGCAGCUGAAGAAGGUUUUCCAAGAAUACGGGGCCGUGGGCGUUUCGCUGCACAUCGGGAUCUCACUGGUCUCCUUGGGGAUAUUUUACACGAUUGUUUCCAGUGGCAUAGACAUGUCUGCAAUCCUGCUUAAGCUUGGCUUUAAGGAGUCGUUGGUGCAGUCCAAAAUGGCAGCAGGCACCAGCACGUUCGUGGUGGCCUACGCCGUCCACAAGCUGUUUGCGCCCGUGAGGAUCAGCAUCACCUUGGUCUCCGUGCCCUUCUUGGUCAGAUAUUUCCGCAGCGUCGGGCUCUUUAAACCUCCAGCCGCCAAGCCUUGAAGCCGGUUUCUUCUCAUCUGCAGGAUUUGGGUUGUUUGCAAGGUGGUUUUCGGUUUGUUUUUUUUUUUUUCCCGGUGGGGGGGGGUCAGUGGCUAAUUGCUAUGUUCCCUAUGGGUUGGUCUGACUUUUACCAGCGAACAUCUGGUGUCUUACUUUUUUUUUUUUUUUUUUAAAUGCUGUUCCUCACAGAGCCACCAUGUACGCGUGACUUAAAAUGUCACCAAGGCAUCAAAAUGAGUUGACAGCCAGGCCUGGUGGUGCAGGCCAGUAAAGCCAGCUGCUCUUGGAGGCCGAGGCAGGAGGAUCUCGAGUUCAAGGCUGCUUUGAGCUACUUAGUUUAGGGUCAGCUUAACAGUCUGUAAGAUUGUGACUUCUUGUUUACCAGUGAAGAGAGGGCUGUGGUCAUUAGUCCUAGAGCCCUCACCUGGCACAGAAGACGGCUCAAAUUCAAUCCCCAGCACAAAAUGGGGACUGCCUGCAAAUUGUUCCUCUAGGUCAGUGGGACAGAAAUGCUAUCUGCAAAGCCCCCCCGGGGGGGGGGGCUAACCUUUGCUUAGGUUCUUAAAAAGCAGUGGUUAAUUUGCUGGCUUUUCAAAGCCUGCCUCCUCUGGCAGCAGCCUGCAGUUUAAUAUGCAGUGUUCAGCAGACAGUUGCCAGCGCUACAAUUAAUGAGGUGAAAAUUAGCCCUCCAUAAUCAUGAUCCACAUUAACAUCAAGCCCUUGACAUUCAGAACACUUGCUUUGAGGGAAGCAGGCCAAGGACUUCCCGUGUGCUUCAUCAACUCCGGAGCGUCUUCGAGACUGGAUGGGAUGGGACUGUAUGUCUGAAAUUUCACUGACAGUGGGCAGUAUUGUCAAAUAGAGAAACGCCGCCCAGCUGUAAUAUCAUCACUGGACUCCUGAUGCCCAUAUUCUGGGGCCCUCAGAUACUGACAUAGAUGCUAAAAGCAUCCUCACUUUCUUAGACAAUCCACUUAGGAAACUGGAGGCAUUCUAGACCUGAUGUGUUUACAAUGGACCACUGAAUUUUUUAAUUGAAUUAAUCGGAUGCAAAAAAAUAUUUGUACCACUUCGGGGGUUGGGAGGGAUAUUACUUGUUCUAACUGUAAAGAAACCAAGAAAUAAUACAAGCUAAGGAGAAGAGAGAUGUCUUAAUUAGGGUUCUGUUGCUGUGAUGAAACACCGUGACCAAACUCACAGUCCCGUAACAGUUCGUCAAGAACAGUGAGCACCGGAACCUGGAGGCGGGAGCUGACACCGAGGCCAUGGAGGGUGCCGCUUAUUGGCUUGCUCAGCCUGCUUCCUUAGAGAACCCAGGACCACCAGCUCAUGAGUGGCAGCCGUUCUCAAGUUGUGGGUUGCAACUCCUUUGCCAAGACUCUAUCUCAAUUCAGAACAGUGGCAAAAUCAACUGUGAGAUGGAAAUGAAAAUAACUUUAUGGUUGGGGGCGGGGUCACCACAACAUGAGGAACUGAGUUAAAGAGCUUAGCAUCAGGAAGGGUGGGAACCGCUGGUGUAGAGGGAGGUUAGACUAGAAACUCAAGUAGGGGCUUCCUCCUCCAGGAAGUCAGGAGCAGUCAGAGCAGGAAUUAGCUCUGGUCACUCAAGCUUUCUUCCCCUCUGGCUGGGCUGACAUGGGGGCACUUCCUCUGUCAGAUCCAGAGCAAACUCCCAUUUCCCCAAGGCAGUCCAAAUAUCCAGAAACAGGUUCACUGGAUUAUAGGAUUUCUGGUGGUUAGAUGAAAAAGACAGCAUUUCUCAGGAAUUUGUGAAACUGGUUCUCUCUACCAAGUGGAGUCAUUUCCCUUACUUCUGGCAGAAGGGACACAGGGCUCUUCCAUGCGGCACCAUAUUAAAGGCACUCUGGUAUCACAAGAGCUUGAUACACAUUUCAGAGUUCUGGCCCUUCUUGUCCCCUCCUCUACCCUAAACUGCCCCCAGCCCAGCUACUUGUCCUUAUAACCCAGCUGGCCUCUCGGCUCUUCUCCUCUGUCCUGUUCUCUACCCUGUGCUAGUCUCCCCUCUCACAGAUACCCCUGGCCACAUUCAGUCUGCUCUCUGAACUCUUCAGAUGCCUCUGCCUGUCCUCUGGUAUCUAAAAUAAGAACUUCCCCUCAACCAUACCCUGUCUGUCUAUAGCUCCCCCAGGGAGCUUGUGUUUGAACUUUGAAGUCUGCUCAGCUGCAUGGUGGAGAGGACUGCAUUCGUUUCUCUUGCUCACAAUUCCUUUCAAAUUGCAUUGACAGCCAGAAGACAAAGGAAAGAACUGUUAACUAGCAGAAUGCAUUUUACAGAGCUCUGGCUGACAGUCUCCUUGCCCACGGAAUCAUUUGUCUCAGUUAGCGUUUAAAGGAGUUUUUGCGAGGCAAAUUUUCCGUUUGUGAGAUCUCUGAAGUGGGAUUGUUAUUUUCCCACUGCCAAAACACUUUCACUGAUUUCAAAUCAGGAUGCAUUACAGAAACUAUUUCCUAGGACUUCCUCGAAGCUAAGCAAGAUGCCCCAGGCCAGUGGCAGGCAAACAGGAUGGGGACUGUCAAGCCUGUGUUCAAAGAGCCUCGUUAGCUUCCGGCUCUGGAUCCUCACCCUAGCUGCUCUCGGCUCCUAACACCUAUGCAAAGAAACACAACAAAAGCCAACUCGUGCUACCCACAGCCAUGUUUUUUCCAAACCUAACCCCACUCUCAGCCCUGUACCCAGCAGCCAGAACCCAGGAGGAUGAGUUGCACCCUAUAAACCAGCAAGACAAGCAGAGCGGAUCUGCUCCUGUGCUAUCUUUAAGUAGAACUGGAGCAAGGAAACUAUUUUAAGAUGUAAAUCAUUGUGUCUCUACUUUUUUAAGCAGACCAAGUGAAUGGCUUCGUCUGUGAACCAAAUAAAAAUCUUUGUAAAA